GGCCGCCUGGGCCCUGCUAAUAAAAGCGCAAAGCGUAAAUGGCUUGGGGAUUAUUGGCUUUCGCCCUUGGACUGAGAUGUGAGAUCACGACUUUCAGCCGGGGGAAGGAACCGCCUCUACCCGGCUGAGAGGUCGCCGCUUCCCCUUCCUGCGCGGGUCCUGCAUGACAUCACGGCGACAGCAGCCAGAGGGGGGAGGCAGAAGCGCCUCCUCCCCGCCGGGAGCCGGGGCUGCAGCGCAGGGGGAGGAAGGCGCCUCACCUAGCCCCCGAUGAGGGGCGGAUCAUGCCAUGGCAGCGCUGGCGAACGACAGCGGCAGCAGCACCCUGAGCCGGAGCAGCAGCCCCGGGAGCCGGGAGGGAGUUGGGGGUCCCGCGACGGGAGCUCGCGACGACGGGGACGCGGGCGUCCGGGACGCCACCGUGGCUACCGCCCCCAGCCUCCCUCCGCUCGAGGAUUACGAGUGCAAAAUCUGCUACAACUACUUCGACGCGGACCGGCGCGCCCCCAAGCUGCUGGCCUGCCUGCACACCUUCUGCCAGGAGUGCCUGAGCCAGCUGCAGCUCCGCGCCGCCGCCGCCGCCGCCUCCAGCGCGGCCCCUGAGCGCCCCCCGCAGCCGGCGCCACCACCCGCUGAGGACGCCGCCCCCGGGCCUCGGGGCCGCCCAGGUCUCCGCGCCCCGGGAGCCUACGAGAGCUGUCAGAACUGCAAGCGCGCGGCGCUCACCGCCGGCUGCGUGUGCGUGGUCUUCUCGUUCCUCUCCAUGGUGGUGCUGCUGUUCACCGGCCUCAUCUUCGUCAACCACUACGGUGGCGGCGGCGGCGGCGGCGGCGGGGGUGGGGGACCCCCCGGCAGCGGUUCGUCCCCCGGCCCCGCCCCAGCUACCGGAUCGCCCUCGCCCUCGCCCGUAGGACCCAUCUGUCUGUCAGUGGCUAGCAUCCUAGCGCUCUUCUCGGUGGUGGUCACCUGGAUCAUCUGCUGGCUCAAGUAUCGGCCCGAGGGGGCGGCCGCGGCCUCGGCAGGAAGCGGAGGCAGUGGCUCCAGGGCGCGGGCGGCCGCAGCUCCCGGUGGUGGUGGUGGUGGCGGCGGCGGCAGGAGGAGCGAUACGUAGAGGGGCGGCACACCCGGUUCCCGGUGCAUCGCCUGCCCUGAGAGGCCCCAGAGGACCCGGCCUUGGGCUCGGUGCGCUGGGGUUUCUGCCUACCUUCGUCUGUGACCAUGGACCACCUAGUCAAGGCGGAGCCUCCGUUUCUCGCCUCUCUGUCUUUCCGUUCCCUACUUUCUUUGCCUUGGGCGAGACAGCGAUGCUGGUGUGUGGGGGUGACAGGGUGGGGAGUCCCUUUUACCCAGAUCUCUGCUUUAUGCGCCACCUCACCCUCAGCAGAGUGUGUGGCUGUCCCUUCCCAAAGUCUGAGGAUGUGCAGAAGGCGGAUUCCUGGUGCCUAGGACUUUGGCAUUCAUUUAGGGGUGCCGGGCGCGCGCGUGCUCGUCCACAGCAGUUGUGAAUGGACUUGAAUCGCCUAAAAGAAGAAUGAAUGAGAUGUGAAAGUAAAUGAUCUUCCCGCUUCUCAAAGAUCCCGGGAGGGCAGAAACUAAGGAACAGUCUGGAUCCUCACGCCGAGGGAUGCGCCUCUGGAUGGACUUAGCCCUUGCUGGCAUCUGAGCGGUGCUGGGCAGGUGCUCAGCGCGCCUGCGCAUCCCAGGCCGCCUCUGUUCUCCCUCUAGUUGGCACGUACUGGUUGGUGAUCCGCUGCUUUCCGCCUGGUGGCUGGAGCCGAGCCCAGAAGUCCCAUCUCCUGGAGGCUUGCGGUUGUUUUAUUCACAGUGUUACUGCCAGGAAGUCAUUUUCAUCUUCUGUAACCGGACUCGACUCAGGGAGCUUAAAGAGCUUGACCUUCUUUCUCUCAAAACUGACUGACUGUUGCCCCCACCUGGAAGACACUGAAAGCUUUACACAGAGUAUAAACUAUAGGCUUCCCUUUUUCCCGUGACUUACCCCCCAAACCCCCACACUCUCACAUUUCACUUAAAAAUAAUUUAUUUUUGAAUAUAUAAAUCUGGAAGUUUUGCACAUUAAGAUCUCUAGAAGCUGUUUUGAGCGUUUCAUUUCUGUCUUAACCUCUGAUCCAAACACAUUUCAGAACAAGAAGCAGAAAACCAAGGUGUGUUAGUAAUUCAGUCAAGAUUUUAUACUGUGAAACAACAACUUUCAACUCCGUGAAAACAUAGAAUAAUGCCCAAAGAUGAAAUUGAAAAGUGUCUCUGCCUCUGAUGAUUAUCCAGAAAAUGUACAUUUAUCAUAUUUUGAGUUUGGCUUUCUGCUAUCAGGAAAUCAUUGAAAUGCCCACACCCAAUGUGGGGGGGGGGGAUACAUAUCGACCUGAUUUUUGAGACUAAAGGGAAUGAUUUGUGAGUGUAUACUUCACAUGAUGUAGUUGCCUUUUAAAAAGAAAAACGUGGCUCUAAAUGUAUUUUGUAUGGAAACAAGUGUCUUAUUCCAUCUUUUGAAAGUUGGAAAAAGAUAGUUUUCAUGCUUUGAAGAAAAUCAGAGAUGUCAUUGGGGAGGGGGAGGUGUUGUUUUUCCUCAUGUAUUAUGUCGUCUGCAUGAUGCCUUGAACACCCUCCUAGUAACUGAACUUGAGUGAAGCAUUUAUAUGUAUCAUAUGAGUGAAAUAAUUUAUUGGCCAUCCAUAAGUAGUGUGGCUACAACUUAGGAACCACAAUAUGGUGUGUUAGAUGUCUUAGUUGUCUUAAUAAAAAUAGGAAGUGUUUAUAGAAAAUAAGCCACACUGGUUUGGGUACAAUUUUAUUUCAUGGUGGAAUUGCUCCAAGCCAUUUGCACAGCCUUUCUUUUCCUUGGAUACACAUUUCACCCAAGUCCC